AGUUUGGACAUGGAAACUGUUCACAUUGUUCUCACAUUAAGCGGUAAGGAAUCAAUCGAGUUCGCGGAAGUAAUGAUCAAAAGCAUGUUGUAUUUUCAAGGUCGUUUCAAAGCAGACGAGCAGAUAUGCCGCACCGAUCAUUUUCCACAACGUGAACAACAAUGCCCCAGUGGACUUCCUCUCAGACCCAGUCUCAUCGUGUUUCAUGUGCUGAUCGAUUUUCAUUCACGGUCAUACUUCGCUGACAUCUUCAAGGCUUGGCAUCGACCCUAUCUACGGUGGCGAUUUUAUCGGACAGAAUACUAUGAUGUAAAGUUUCUGCAGCUAUUGAGAAAACUGCAUUGCAACCAUCAUUCAGGUGUCCCAUCGCUGAUGAAACUUAUGGUCCCCAACAUUUUGCCUUUAGACGUGGAGAAGGUCAUCAUAAUGGAUUCAGAUAUGCUCUUUAAUCACAAUGUUCUUGAAAUGUGGGAACUGUUUUACGAGUUCAAUGAAAGUCAGGAAAGGGGGGUGAAUGGUGGUUUAUCAUUAUUCCACUUGACGAAGCUGCGGAAGAUCCGUUGGCAUGAAAAGUGGCAGGAAGCAAGUAAAAGGUUCUUCGAAAGAAAUGUCGUACUUGCUCAAGCUGAUCAAGUAAGUCAAACAUUGGCCAUUGGUGAAUGA